UCGGAUUUCCUUAAGCCAGUAAAGGAAGCAGAGCUAGAUCAACUCUCAUUCAUCAAAAUGUUGGGCAGGCCUUUCUUUGCUGACAUGGAAAACGAUCCAUUUUUUGAAGGGCAUCGAGAACAUAUGAGAAACAUGGACAGGAUGUUUCAGAAUCCCUUUGGGAGCAUGUUUGGGAGCAAUCCAAUGCUACAGGAACCAAGAAGAGGGGGUCAGCAAAUGGCAGUCGCCCCACGUAACAACCAAGCAAUGUCUCCUUUUGGCUUUGACUUCGGCUUCAACAGUGUAUUUAGCAACAUGAACAACAUGAUGGCUAAUAUGGAAAGAACAUUUGAAAGUGCCAGAAAUAAUCCAAAUGCACAGGUAUUUUCCCAGUCUGCUGUAUAUUCCUAUACAAACACAGGAAGCGAGGGAAGCAGACCCAGAGUGUAUGAAGCAACAUCCUCAACCCUACAAGCUCCUGGGGGAGUUAAAGAAACCAGAAAAACUGUAAGGGAUUCAGAAAGGGGUGACAAAAUGGCAAUUGGACACCACAUAAGGGAUCGAGCUCACAUCAUCCAGAAAACCCGGCGCAGGGGUGGGGAUAUCGAGGAGGAACAAGAGCUCAUUAACUUGGAAGAAAGUGAAAAAGAGAGGUUUGAUCGAGAAUUUCAAGAGAAGAAAAGGGAAUCGAUGAGAGGUCUGGAGUAUAGACGCAGAGGUGAAAGGUCAGAUAGAAAAGCACUCCCUGACCCCAACAAGAGGCGGAGCUACCGGGACCGUGAGAGAAGGGAGAAGAACUAAGACUCAAAAAAAAAAUGUUUGAAAGAACUGUGCAAGAGAUGAAUGCUACAGAAUACCUGGUGAUAAUUAUUAUUUAUAAACAUGUAAUAAAUUAUAACUUGAAGGAAUCUGUGAGAAGAUGGAUCUUUACAAUAUUUCAGCAAUUGUUGUACUAGAAGCAAGAACUGACUAUUUAAUUCAGACUGAUUUUACUUAGGUGGGGAAUACAAUUUGCUGUAGAAUUUUAACAAAGACUCUUGCAGAUUUUUUUGUUUAAGAUUUUCCUGUGCUAAUUGAAAUCUGUCCUUUAAAUCUCUCUGUCUGCAUACAUCAUCUUGCCAGAGGAGCUUUGUGGAUCUGGAUUAUCUCCCUUGUUAGCUGUGCAGUUUAAAUGUGUAGUACAUGUAAUUUUUUUUUAAUAUGUCCCACAAUUUUAUUUUUUUUGUUAGUGGUCAGAGUUAAUCUCUAUAAAUGAGUAUUUAUAAUGAAUGUAUCACACAUUUUUAUGUCUUAAUAAUACCUGGCAUACAUAGUCCAUUUACAUAUAGUUUUCCUGUGUGUGUCACAAAAUAUAUGUACUAGAUAUUUUCAGUUUUGUGUUUGAACAUAACAUGUUACUUUUCCCAUGAUCUUUUUAAUAAUUAGUUUCAACAACAAAUGUUAAAAAGGUUAUUAGAAUUUGGUACACAACUAUUGUCUUUGAUUGAUGAAAUGUAAUGACAUAAAAGGUAUGUGGGAUGUUUGUUCAGCAAUAGAUCGUUUUUUGUUAAACCGAAUGAAUGUAAAAAAGAAAGUAACUUUUUCAUUAUAAAAUAAUAUAAAAAAAUUUUUUUCCUGUACAAAUGCUUGCAUAUGAUCUUUUAAUACAAAUAAGAGGGCUUGUUAAUUUUUUUUUAUUAUUAUUAAAAUGAAGGAUUACAUUACGUUUGUACACAGAACAUGAGAAAAAAGUCGUUCAUCUUAGGGAAGGGAUGUAUAAUUUAUUUAACAUUCCUACUUACUAACAUUCCUUAGAUAGUGAAUUAAAUUGUGACUUGGCUUGUACAAGCUCAAACUAUUUUUCAUUAUUGUCAUGUUUGCUAGAAAAAGCUCAUGAUUUAAUUGUCUCUCAAAUGCUUGCAUUUCUAAAAGAGAUUCGAUAGCUCAAGGAGAAUUGGUAAAACCUUUGUUCUUUUUCUUUCCCAGGGUCUCUUGGUAUAUAUUUUAGAUCUGUACGAUUCAUUCAUCCUAUGAUAAUAUAAAAUCCAUUAUGCCAUACAUAUUGUUUACAUAUUUACUGUGUGUGUUGAUUUUUUUUUCAUUGAAUAAAAUAGAAACAUGCAUUAACAA